AUGAAAGAAGAAUGUGGGAAAAAGUGGAUAGUGUGUGUUGCUGCAACAAUUGGAAUUGUGAUCUUAAUCAUAUUGGCAGUAGUGAUCUUAGCAUUCACAGUGUUCAAAGCAAAAGAAAUCAUUAGCACGGUGGAUUCGAUCGAGGUUCACGACAUGGACAUGGGUUUCAGUAUGUUUACCAUGAGCCUAAACAUGAAUGUGACAUUGGAUGUUAUUGUUUCAGUGAAAAAUCCAAACGUGUAUGGAUUAAAAUACUAUAAUGGAUCGACGCAAAUAAAUUAUAGAGGACAACUAAUUGGCGAAGCACCUAUCCCUAGCGGAGAGAUAUCGAGGGGUCAAACCAAAAGAAUGAAUUUGACACUCACUCUUAUGGCAGACCGUGUGUUAUCUAAUAAACAUAUUUUGUCAGAUGUUAGUUCGAAUACUAUGCCACUCAGCUCAUUCAUGAAAGUUACAGGCGAAGUGAAUGUAUUAGGACUUACCAAAAUUCAUGCAAAAUCUAUAUCAUCUUGUAAUUUCACUCUAAAAAUCUCCAACAAAACAAUUGAGAACAAGGUAUGUAGAUAUAAGAAAGUGGUUUGA